ACCUUGAUGUCAGUCAAAUAGUGCCCGUCUGGAUUCGUGUAUUGCGUAGAGAGAACGAGACAGUAAUUUGAGGCAUCGGUCGGUGGCCUAGCUGCUGCGUGUAUUUACCGUGUAAUUAUCCAACGUUUGCUAGGAAUUCGUAAGUGAGCCGAUGCAGAUCGACUUCCGUCCCCGGCCAAACGAACCGAUCCGCAAGGAAACCAACUGAAAAGCGAAAUUUAAUUGAAGCAGCAAAAAAAGAUGGGCGGUCAAAAGUUUCAGUACGAUGAAAGCGGUGGAACGUUUUUCUACUUCAUACUUUCAUUUCUGGCUCUGAUACUUAUUCCGGCCACAUUCUACUUCUGGCCCCGGAAACGGAAAGAAGACCCUGAACGCUACAAGGCAGAAUGUCAAUGCGAGGGAUGCCUCCAGAAACGCAUUCUAAUCUCACAUUCCGACCCGUACAAGGGUGUGAAAGCAUUUUUCGUCAAGCUUGCGAUUAUCGGAGGCUGGGCGCUGCUAGUAUUCCUAACCUACAAAGUAUCUCAAUUUGACUAUGAAAUGUCUAACUUCGACCCGUACGAAAUUUUGGGUGUGCCACUGGGAUCCUCCCAGAAGGACAUCAAGAAGGCAUACCGCACCCUUUCAUUAAUUCUGCAUCCUGACAAGGAAACGGGUGACGAAAAGGCGUUCAUGAAGCUGACGAAGGCCUACCAAGCGUUGACCGACGAAGAGGCUCGGAAGAAUUGGGAGAAAUAUGGAAAUCCAGAUGGUCCGGGUGCAACAUCUUUCGGUAUCGCUCUGCCCUCGUGGAUUGUCGAGAAAGAGAACUCCGUUUGGGUGCUUGGAUUGUACGCGCUGGUGUUCAUGGUUGCCCUCCCGACCGUGGUCGGAACUUGGUGGUAUCGUUCCAUUCGAUACAGCGGUGACAAGGUGCUGCUGGACACCACUCAGAUGUAUUUUUACUUUUUCCACAAAACGCCUCAUAUGCCAUUGAAGCGUGUAGUGAUGAUUCUGGCCGCUAGUUUAGAGUAUGAUAAACGGCAUAAUGCUCAAGUGGUGGAGCGACAAUCUGAUAAUGAGGAAGUUCCGAUGCUCAUCAAACAACUACCGAAUCUGAACGAGAAAUGCAAGGAAUUACCGUUGUGCCGAAUGUACUCGAUCAAAACUCGAGCCAUUUUGCAUGCUCAUCUCAGCCGUAUGGCACUUAACCCACACACUCUGGACAAGGACCGACAGUUUAUCGUUAAGAAAUGUCCCUAUCUCAUCCAGGAGAUGGUUAGUUGCGUCAAUCAGCUGAUCAUGCUCGCGUACGCACGAAGAAUUUCCAAACUGCCCCGAAUCGAAACCAUCGAGAACUGUAUGAAACUAUCCCCGAUGAUCAUCCAGGGACUGUGGGAAUUCAAAAACCCACUGCUUCAGCUGCCCCACGUAACGGAAGAUCAUUUGCGGUAUUUCAUUUCCAAGAAGCGCCCCGUUCGUAACCUGCAACAAUUUGCCCAACUGCCGGCAGAGGAAAGCCGUCUGGUUCUGCGCAGUUUGAGCGACUUCGAGUACGAGAACGUGGUGAAAGUGUUGGGCCGAAUGCCAUUGAUUGAUUUCAGCGUGAAGUGUGAGGUUGUUGACGACGAGAACUCGAACGUGGUUACGGCUGGUGCGAUCGUAACCGUUACGGUGGAACUGGUGAGGCGCAGUAUGAGUGAACUGUUCGGCGACACAAACGCCAAGGAGAAGCAAAGCAUUACUGAAGGAAAUGAAGAUCCCGCCGAGGGCGCAGAGGAUGGAACCGAAGGUACGACGCCCAAGGACGAAAAGGAAGAAGUCAAGGUGAAAAAGCCAGCGAAGUCGAAGAGCGGCCACAAGGGCAAGGGCAAAGGUAGUAAUCACAAAAAUAGACAAAGGCAUGCGCAGGCAGCUGCCGCGGCCGCAGCAGCAGCGGCUGCCGCCGCUCAGGCACAGAACCAGGCCAACAAGGCUGAGAAGAUAAAAACCAACGACAAAACCCGAAAGGAUGAUUCGGACGCGGAAAGUGGCGCUGAAAGUGACAACGAUGGCAGUUCGGACGAAGAUAAAAAAUCUUCUGUAGAGGAUGACGACGUUGAGUGGGAAAAAUUCCAGCAGAAGAUAAACAAACGCGAAAAGUUGGAAGGAAAAUCCAAAGUAUCCCAUCCCGUUCACUGUCCGUUAUUCCCAGAGGAAAAAUACGAAUACUGGUGGACGUACAUCUGCGAUCGAAAAUCUCGCACCCUGCUGACGGCCCCCUAUCACGUGACCAAUCUGGUUCACCGCGAGGAAGUUCAGCUCAAAUUCACAGCGCCCAAGUGGCCCGGAGUGUAUGUUUUCACCGUGUGUCUGCGAUCGGAUUCCUACUUCGGAAUGGAUCAGCAGGUUGACCUGAAGCUGGACGUUAAGGAAGCAACGGCGAUACCGACUGAGCAUCCCCAGUGGGACAUCAGCGAGUCCGACUCCGAAGUGAACGAACAGCAUGCCAACGAGAGUGAAUUCACCACAGAUUCGUCCGAUGCCGAGAACGAGGAUGAUUAGAUGAUGAGUGUGCGCGAGUGUGAGUUUGUUUUCCUUUAGUUCUACAUUCUACUACAGAUUUACUGAACCAAAUCCAUUCACACUAAGAGUAAACAGUAAAACAAACCUGUUCCCACAAACGAAUCAUAAAGCUUUUGUUGAUCGAAUCUUAAUAGUAAAUGAAGGCACAUUUUUAAAUGAAAUUGGAAGUAGGAUGAAAAUUCGUAGGUAUUUAUGGUUUACUAUUCUAAACUUUACACCUACAAACAAUUAAAACAAUCACAUUGAAUCUGAAAGCAGAAACACAAAAAAAACUGGUAAGCAACGGAGAUUUUUCCCCGUGAGCUGUUUAUUUUUCUCUAUUCCUCCAAAGGUAUAUAUGGUGAGAGGAAAUUGAUUACGAUUACGAGUAAAACAACAAUGCUCAAAAUGC